UAGGGGCUUGAUUGUAUACACCUGUGUCCAUGGAGGGGAUUGGAGCACCUGAAUCACAUGAUUGGGAGGGCGGGCCCAAUACCUUUGGCAAUAUAGUGUGUAUAUACAGGGCUUGAUUGUAUACACUUGUGUCCAUGGAGGGGAUUAGAACACCUGAAUCACAUGAUUGGGAGGGGAUUGGAGCACCUGAAUCACAUGAUUUGGGAGGGGAUUGCAACACCUGAAUCACAUGAUAUGGAGGGGAUUGGAAUACCUGAAUCACAUGAUUGGAAGGGGAUUGGAGCACCUGAAUCACAUGAUAUGGAGGGGAUUGGAACACCUGAAUCACGUGAUUGGGAGGGGAUUGGAACACCUGAAUCACAUGAUUUGCAGGGGGGAUUGGAGCACCUGAAUCACAUGAUUGGGAGGGGAUUGGAACACCUGAAUGACAUGAUUGGGAGGGGA